AUGACCCGCAUCCUGCUCACCCUCCUCGCCACGGCCGCCGCCUUCCAGCAAGUCCUCGGCGCCCCCGUCGCCCAGGUGGAAAAGCCCACCGGCACCCUUCCACUCCCGUCUCUGCCCCCCAAGCCCACCGGCACCCUUCCAGCCCCAAGCUUGCCACCUAAGCCAACCCGCCCUCCCAAGCCGACCCACACGCACUCGGCUCCCUCUCUCCCUCCUCUCCCCCCCAAGCCGACCGCCACCGUCCCGGUCCCGAGCUUGCCUCCCCUGCCCACCGUCAGCUUGCCGCCCAAGCCUACCGGUCCCCCGCCCAAGCCGACCGUUACUGCUUCGGUGACUGUGCCUGUGCCGCCGAAGCCGACCGUCACUGGCAAGCCGCCUAAGCCCAGCCAUAGCAGCAAGUCGCCGAAGCCUACCCCUACUGGGCCUCCUAAGCAUGAUGACUAA